GUGGCCAUCACACGUUGAUUUUUCUCUACCAACCAUAAAGACAUCGGCACCCUCUACUUAGUCUUCGGCGCUUGAGCCGGGAUAGUCGGAACUGCCCUUAGCCUGCUCAUUCGGGCAGAACUUAGCCAACCUGGCUCCCUAUUGGGAGACGACCAAAUUUAUAAUGUAAUUGUUACCGCUCAUGCCUUUGUAAUAAUUUUCUUUAUAGUUAUACCCAUUAUAAUUGGAGGCUUUGGAAACUGGCUUAUUCCCCUUAUGAUCGGAGCCCCCGAUAUGGCUUUUCCUCGAAUAAAUAAUAUGAGCUUCUGACUCCUCCCUCCCUCCUUCCUCCUCUUACUAGCUUCUUCAGGUGUAGAAGCCGGGGCAGGUACCGGGUGAACCGUCUACCCUCCUCUUUCUGGAAACCUAGCCCAUGCAGGUGCCUCUGUAGAUUUAACUAUUUUUUCUCUCCAUUUAGCCGGUAUUUCCUCUAUCUUAGGGGCAAUUAAUUUUAUUACAACAAUUAUCAACAUAAAACCUCCCGCCAUUUCUCAAUACCAAACCCCUCUCUUCGUAUGGGCCGUUUUAAUUACUGCCGUUCUUCUACUUCUUUCACUCCCUGUACUAGCUGCCGGUAUCACCAUGCUCCUCACCGACCGAAACCUAAACACCACCUUCUUUGACCCUGCAGGGGGAGGAGAUCCCAUCCUUUACCAACACCUCUUCUGAUUCUUUGGCCACCCCGAGGUUUACAUUCUUAUUCUCCCAGGAUUUGGUAUAAUCUCCCACAUCGUAGCCUACUACGCCGGCAAACAAGAGCCCUUCGGUUAUAUAGGAAUAGUCUGAGCUAUAAUAGCCAUUGGACUCCUUGGGUUCAUUGUUUGAGCUCACCACAUGUUUACAGUCGGAAUAGACGUAGACACACGUGCUUAUUUUACAUCCGCCACAAUAAUUAUUGCCAUCCCUACUGGUGUAAAAGUCUUUAGCUGACUAGCAACCCUUCAUGGCGGAACAAUCAAAUGAGAAGCCCCCCUUCUUUGAGCCCUGGGGUUUAUUUUUCUAUUCACAGUUGGAGGCCUAACAGGCAUCGUCCUUGCCAAUUCGUCCCUAGACAUUGUCCUUCAUGACACUUACUACGUCGUAGCACAUUUCCAUUAUGUACUUUCAAUGGGAGCCGUCUUCGCCAUUGUUGCCGCUUUCGUACACUGGUUCCCGCUAUUCACAGGAUACACCAUGCACUCCGUCUGAACAAAAAUUCACUUCACAGUCAUGUUUAUUGGGGUAAACCUGACCUUCUUCCCCCAACAUUUCCUCGGAUUAGCCGGGAUACCUCGGCGGUACUCAGACUACCCAGAUGCAUAUACCUUGUGGAACACAGUGUCUUCCAUUGGGUCCCUAGUUUCUCUAGUCGCCGUCAUUAUAUUCCUAUUUAUUAUUUGAGAAGCAUUCGCCGCUAAACGUGAAGUAUCCUCCGUAGAGCUUACUACAACUAAUGUAGAAUGACUUCACGGUUGUCCCCCACCAUACCACACAUUUGAAGAGCCUGCAUUUGUACAAAUUCAUUAUAACUAA